CAAAGAAAUGAAAGAAAAGAAAAGGAAAGCGACCAAACAUGAUAAACAUAUCUUGUAUUGUAUGUUAAGGACACACACAAAGCAAAACAAAGCAAAGAAAGAACCUAAGAAAAAGAUGCUUCCACUAAAGCUGGUUCGCUCUCUCAUCUUAGGUGAAUCCAUAUCCAUCAACAACAACUCUCACUUUCUAAACCAAAAUCACCAUCACAAUCACAAUGAACAACAACAACAACAACCCAAUGAAACAACAACAAGAAAAAGAUUCAAAAAAAGACAUGGUCUUUUGUUUCUCCCAACCAAAGAAAUCAUCACAAACACAUAUAGGCUUGCCACCAUUGCAAGAGAUUUAGGAAUGGAUUUACACCCAACACCAUCACUUUCUCACAUCAUCUUCUCCAACUCAUCUUCUGCACCGUCAACAUCUUCUUCUUCACCUUCAACACCCUCUACAUCUACGUUCUCUGUCUCUUCAGCUUCUUGUUCUCUUCUCAAUGACGCUGUUCCUAUUCCUUUUCCUUCUUUUGAUACAACGCCACUGACCCAUCUUCGAUACUUCGUCACGCUCUUCCCACGCGCCUUCAAGGUUGUUCUUUUUAACUCUGACGAGGAUUCUAACGCUGUUGGGUCAUCGAGUGGAGACGUGAGUAACUGGGAUUGUUCUUCUGUUUCGCUAUGUUGUCGGGUUACUGGUAAUCGGGUAGUGACGAUGGAUGGGUUUUGUCGGAUUCUUGCUGGGAAAGGUUGGACCUUUUUCAAGACGAAGCAGAAUUCUUCCGGGGAUUUGCGCGGUGGUGGUGUUGUUUAUCUUUUCAGGAAGGUGGAUGUGAACCGGGUUUGUGUGGGUCGGGUUGGAGGACGUGAUGGGGCAUGCAGAGUGAGGGAGGUGAGAUUGCCGUAUUUGGAUUUUGAAAAUGCUCCUCUCAGGAUUUUGCAGUAUAUUUUGUUGAUGACUGAUGACAUUUUCUGUUUAGCAUGAAUCUGUCCUUGACUUUGCAUAGAACCAUAAUCAAAUAUGGUUUUGACAACAUUAAACUGUUGUUAUUUGGCAGUUGUUGGUGUUGAUUAUCUGAGAAUUUGAGGGAGGUUUUACAUGAUGACAAGAGAUGGAAAAAACAAACAAAUAAAACAUCUGCUUUGGUGUUGCAGUAUGUGGUUGAUCUGGUUUAAGGACUAUUGAAAUGAUGUUCUCUGGUGAUGGGAAAGAGCUAGACUUUUUUGUAUUAGCGGAGGUGCCAAAGUGAUUCAAUCUCUUGGCCAUAUCAUCUCUUGUAUUGUAUUGGUGAAGGAGGAUUUUCCUUGGAGAAGUCUAUGAGACGGAGACAAGACACAAUAUUGACAUUGGUAAUAAUUUGAGAAAAUAGAAGGAAUCGAUUAGUCAUAUUUGUUGGUGUUGGGCGUGUCAGACACCAUACAAACAUGACUUCAAUAUGAUUUGCCGGUUUUACAAAAGGGAAAUUGUGAAAUUCUUUGACUCAUGUGGAUUUUACCUUGAAUGCUCAUGGUUUGUUGUUUGGCUAAGGAGGGUGGUGGAAGGAAAUGAAGCUGAAAAGGUUGCUAACCUGAAGAAGAGCUAUAAAGUUUUCAUGACAGCAGUUUAUGGUAAGUUGCAUUUGGUGGGUCACAUUGGUUGCUUUCUGUGUAGAACUCAAAGAUGAUGCUGGUGCCACUUUGUGUGUUCUUGUUGUAUCAAUUUAUAUAUCUUGAGGGUGAUGAUCAACAAUUCUCCAACUCUUUGGAGGAGAUUGCAGGGGUGCGAUUUAAACUUCCUGGUCUUGAUCAUCUUCAUCCCUUUGGUUAUGAAAGAAAUGCAUAUUUAUGAUUCGUUUACUUUGUAAAACAAUAAUGAAAUUCUUCAAGCAACAUGUUUUUCAUAGGUGAGGAGGAGGGCCAGGGAAUGUGAAGCUUAUCUCUGGAAAAACAACAUACCUUGGAUUAGUUAAAAAUUGGGAUGAGAGAUGGAUUUUGUUGGAAACAUGAGUAACAAAUAGUGUAGUGAAGCAUCCUCUUAAAGAUUAGUUCCAAGUUUUUGCAGAUAGUCCCAAUGCGUGUUAAUUAGUUAGUCAAUGGUUCUCAUUGUUAAAAACUAAUAGUUUAUUUGCGAUGAUAAUUUUUGUAAAAUUUUGGAUUUGAAUAUAUGGUGACCAUUAGACCAAUAACAAAAUUGAAAAAGUUAAUUGAUUUUGACAACUA